AUGGCGACGAGCGCGCCGCAGGCUCUAUAUGCGUCCGUUUCGUACCGAAAGGUGCCUGGAACACUAAAACUGGGACCAGAUGGUGUCUUAAAGUGGACUCCAUCGAGCUCUUCUAGCAGCGUUCCGGCCUUUCAAAUUCAGGACCACAAUUUGAACGGUAUGCAAGUGUCGAAGCCAGGUGCAGCGCAAGUGGCCCUGCGUCUGGUAGCGAAAGAGGGUCAUACCAUACACGGAGAAACCAGUGCAAUGUUGAAUUUUAAUGCAGACAGAGAGACGGCUAUGGCGCAUCGUGAACUCUUUAAAGAACGACUAGCCGCCGCCAUUGCCAAAGUGCGUUCCGCCGAGAGCUCAGGGCCGACUCAGGCACGUACAGACUCCACGAGCUCGGGCCGGGCGCAAGGCGAGGUCUCGGCCAUCUCGGAGCUGAAGCUGCGUGGUCAGGUACUCCUGGCGCAUCCUUCCCUUCUUGCGCUUCACAAGGACGUGGUCGGCACGGGUCUCCUAUCUGACGCCGACUUUUGGGCACACCCAUCACGGGCCGCUCUUCUACGCGCUGAACGAGCGCGUGUACAACAACGCACGGGACGAAGUGCGCGGAUCGCUGAUCCUCAUCCGACGCAGGGUGAGUCGGGGGAAUUGAAGAUCAACAUCACGCCGCAGUUGAUACGCCAGCUUUUUGAGCAAUACCCGGUACUGACACGCGCGUACGACGAAAAUGUGCCGCAGAGGCUAGAUGAGAGUACCUUUUGGAUGCGUUAUUUCCAGUCAAAGCUGUACCAUCGGCUUCGUACGUCACAGCGGUCGGCGGCCUCGGAACAGCACCUUCCGGACGACGACAUUUUCGACCGAUACCUUGAGCCUGAAGACGAUCAGCAAGACCAUGAAGCGACGGGGAAUACACAGGACUGGACGAUGCGUCCAGGCUAUGACCGCCGUGCCCUGCCCUUGGUGCGGCGCUUUAAUCGUCAUGCCGAGUCGCUUCUCAACUCGUCGCUUGGCGAGCUUACUGAAGCUGAUGCACGGCGAGUGCGCCGCAAGACAGGAGGUGUAGGAGAGGAGUAUGGGUCACCGUCAGAACCGACGCGUUACGAGACAGCGAUUGUACUGGACGAUUUGAAAGAACGUGUUGCUGCUCCCAGGCGGCGACUGGAUAUCCAGGACCCCAACGCGUAUUAUGGAGCAAGCGCAGUGGGGGACCAUGCUGCAAACAGCGGUGCGCAGGUUGAUGCGGAGCAGUUUCGGGCGCACCUCCAGGCAUGGCACCUUGACUUGACCCGCGCGGCGCCGCCCGGCUCGACGAUGCGGCAUGCCUUGGACGAUAUGCUUAAGAAUAUGACGCAGCAAAAAGAAGCACUUUUGGCAGGCGGUGCUGCCGGCUGUCGAGCAUGGGACUGGUGCACCGCUCGCGGCGAGUCCCCUCGAGCAGCGCGUGUCCAAAGCGCACCAGAUGGUGCGAGUACUGCAGAACACGACGAGUCGUGUUCAAAGCAUUGCUGA